AUGGCGGACGAAAUUGUUCAGGAUCUGGCUGUCAGGGAGCCCAGCUUCCCUGUUGAUUACAGUUAUGUGAUCGAAUUUAUGGUCGGACAAGAGACGCCGGAAUUCGAUUACGACGCUUCGCGACCCCCAAGACUUUGGGCCUGUCCCGUCCAAGAAGAAGACCCUAGCGCUGCUAUCCUGGACAAGUGCAAGGAUUUGCUGGUGAGAGCGGGCGAGUCCGUAGCCAUCUGUCGGGACCCUUCGUCUCCCGAUACGAGCAUAGAAUAUUUCUCUGAAGAGAAUGGACCGCCCAUGGGCUUAGGGGGCCACUGGCUCAUCGAACCCUCACCCACCACUUAUUCAAGGCGACACAGCCCCGAGGCGUAUGAAUGGUAUGGCGUGCGGCUUCGCAGUCCAACUUACCGCGAACUAGAAGCUGUGGAUAGGAUGACUCCAGUUCAAUGGAUCCUUGCUUUAUUCCGAUCAAGAGUCCUGAUUCAUGUCAACUCGACGUGUAGAUUCAACGUUCAUGUCAAGCCCGCACUCAUGCCAAUCUCUCUGCUCACUGCCAAAAAGAUGACGACACUGGUGUGGGUUCUUGAGAAGGAGUUGCUUGAGCGCGUCUGCCCCAAUUCUUACGGGUUGCCGUAUCCUCAUGUCAAAACCAUGGAAACGUGUUCCCGAAUCUCGUCUCUCGUCUGGUAUGGCUCUGGAGGAAGAUCCCGUCAACAAGAUCCCCUUAGGGCUGCUAUCUCGAAACAGCAUCUUCCCGACCUCCGCAACAUGGACCUUUUAACCAGACUUGAACUCGUAUGGGAUGCUGGCUCAACCGGCGAACUCGCCAAGGGCCUUCUUGGGUACAAUGGGGAUGCUACGUCGUUUGCUAUACGGCCCGCUGGAAAGUACACUCAUGGCCCCACGUUUGAGUUCCGCUAUAGCCUUUGGCAUCCUUACGACGACCUGGACGCAUCCCAAUACUGGAUUGACUUGUCCAUAUGCCUCCUACGGGCCACAGCGCAGAGUGCCGACAGGUUUAAGCAGUACAUCUCACAGUUGGAUGACUUGAUACACGGCUUCUCAGUUAACAGCACGCCCCCUACGCAUCGAUGGAAAGCGCUCUUGUCGACGCUUGGAUUAACGGAGGAAUGGUCUGCUCCCUGGGAAGCCAUCGUUAAGCACUACAGAGCUGGCCAUCGGCUUUGCUACAGAUUCAUCGAUCGGCAACAGUUUCUGGCACCAUCUGAGUUGCGGGCCCCAGGGCGGCAUAAGGUGCAACGAUGA